AGCCCCUGCCUGUAGGUAGCAAGAAGAAACGUCAAAAUAAAAUCGAUUGGUGCUAGUCAAAACAAAAGCAUAACAAGCAAAUAUCUACUAUAAUUCUUAUAUUUUCAACGGUGAAAUAUGAAGUUUAUUUUAAUUCUCACAAGUAUUAUUAUCGUCACCAACAGCUGCAGCGCCUUUCGGUUCAGCGGACUGGAAUUCUUCGCCCACAUUCUGAACGGCGAUUUUCUGGAUUACAAACCUUUCGGUGGUGGCACUACAAAAAACGAAGAUAUCUCACAGUCCAUCACGUCGGCUGGUCAGAGCCAAAAUUCGUUCCUGGAUUUUAUUACAUUCAAGGAUAAACAGUAUUGUUCCAUAUAUGAAGAGCAAACAUCGGAGAGCGAAGAGCUCAAGGCAGCGGAGGCAAAACGAAAAACACUGAAAGUGAAAUGCGUUCCAGCAAAAGGCAAUGGAACGCUGCACAUGAUUACAUCUCUCAAAGAGGUUAUUAGCGUACUGGCGCCGCAUGGUAAUUCUACCAAACGAACACAAGCUGGUAACUGUGUCGUUAUGCUAUUUUACACAAAAACUUGCAUUCACAGUGCAAUGAUGGCGCCACAUUACAAUGCAUUAGCCAGACAUUUUCCAGACCUCAAAAUAGCUGCUAUAGACGCAUUCAGUUUUCACUCGUUGAAUACUGAGUUCGGAAUUGUAGGACUACCGACUAUCAUGUUCUUUCAUCAAGGACGACCCUUAGUCAAAUUCAACGAUACCGAGAUCACACUGGAAACGCUAGUGAAAUUCGUAACCAAACACAGUGGAGUAGAACCCGCAUUGAACCUCAAAUCGAUGAUAAAUGUGCCGCACUACACCUCUGACGAUUUCAUGGGGCCACUAUCCAAUAAAGUGGAGAAAAGGACUGACUACUGGCUGUAUGUGGCUUGGAUUUUCAUAUUACUAUGCGGUUGCUACUAUUUUUCCAAAUCGGCAUUCUAUGUUCAAAUCAUCGAAACGAUCAAACUCAUCUGGAGGGAAUCAGAAGCACAUCAUCGUAGCUAGGCAAAUUUGCGAAAUCAUUUGGUGUGCUUGAGAGUGUUAUUUAGUUUAUUUCUCAAAUAUUGUAGUCAAGAGUUGUAAAUUAUGUUGAAAAUACUGAAACAUGAUUCAGGAUACUAUUAUGAAAAUGUCGUUCCGCUAGCUGUUACGUAAUCGCUUAGAAAGAAAGUUAUAGAACAUUUGUAGAAAAGGCUUGAUGCUUUCAACUUUAUUUUUGCGGGGGUGCUACAUUGUUUCGUUCUGCACUUUGCAACUGGGAAACGAUAUUUUCAGUGCGCUGUCAGUGCUGCUGUAUAGAAAUAGGAGAAGUAUAGCAUUCACUGUGAACACUGAAAGCUGAGCAUUUUCUGUAUGUGUGUAUAAUAAAUAUGUAAUAUUUUUCAAUCUCACUCAUUUUCACAAAGAUAGUUGAACCGAUUUUAACCCAAUGAAUGGUCUGGUUACCCUAUAAGUCGCUAUUGACUUUUGUUGUGAUUGCAUUGUUAGUUUAAUGUGGAAAUAAUUAAACCCUAUUAUCUCAAAGAUUUCAUGACCGACAGGAAAAAAAAUGAACCGCCUACUAAUGAAUUUCAUGAUGAUUGGGUGUAUACUUUGAAAAUCAUACGUUUCGAAAUAAAGAAAAUGACAGAAUAUGAUACACCAUUCGAAAAUCACUAGCAAUACUAACUGAAAUUAUCGAAAUUUUACGUUCCUGUCCUAAAAUCGCCAAAAACGAAAAAUGCUUUUGUACGUGUGUGUGUGUAUCAGGGAUGUAACGAAUGUGAUUUCUAGAUAUCUGCACAUUGUUGAAACAUGGUAAUAACUGGAAGCCAGUGUCUAAUAAAAACCAGAGUCCAUUCUCUGAUUACAAAACACAUCGUACUUUUUUCGGGAAGGGCAAUUUCGACAAGGAUUGCUGUACAUUCUGGAGACGUCUUCUGGGGGAACCUUUUUCCACAAAUGGUACAACCUGAUGUGUUGCGAAAAUUUGUGUAUAGCAUAAAGGUUUGGGCGCCAACAACAGUUGUGAUCUCAAAUUUAAAAAAAAUAGUACGAGGGUGGUAUCCAAGAUACGACCGCAUGUUUGACGUAGGACUACGAUAGUUUUAUAUUUUAUUUAGAGAAUUUAGACUUUGUUCGAUUUGACCACGUUUCACUCUCGACACGGCACACAAAAGCCAAAAACGAGCGGUUAUGUUUAAUCAUAAUUUAUAGUUUUCUUGUUUUGGUUUUAAACAAUUCAAACUCAACAACCACCAAGAGAAAGGCAUUUUGUCCAUUAUGUUGCCGAAACCGAAACCAAAAUAGACAUGAUCAAAGCAAUGCCGUGCUAUACCUCUAAUUACUCGGAAGGGUCAUAUCAAGUGUCUAGGUCGUUGAAGGCUUCAUGCGGACGUUGCGUUCCGAAUACUUUCAGAUUAUUGAGCCUUAAUCCAUCAAACGACACCUCUAACAACUUACAAUCCUAAAACUAGUUCAUUGGUGGCCACAUAUUGUUAAGGUCGUAUGCCACCAGAAAGUCAUAAAAAGAAAAGCGUUUAUUUUUAAAAAUUAUUUAGAUUAUUUGUUUGCAGACAUCUAUUUAAGAAGAAAUAAACACUGUUUUUAACAUUGAUGAAUACCUUUCAUCCUAAUGCAGUCAAAUUUCUUCAACACGCGAAAAGGCAAUUUUUUAUAUAGGUCUUAAUUAAGAACGAUUUAGUAGAAAGCAAACUUACUUUCAUCUUCAAUUGCGCCUGUAAAAGAUAGCUCACUCACCGAUUUCAAAGCAGUAUCAUUGUCAGUUUCAUGCAACUGCUUAGCAAAGAAGUCAGUUUUUAGUAGAAAAUCUAUAUUCACAAAAAUUUUGAAAUUGACAUUGGAAUUUAUGAGGAUGUAACAUGUCACAGUCAUUUUUUUCAUUUUUGGCCAAUUAAACAUUUAUUCAUGAGGCAGAACCAGAAAAAAAUUAAUCAGUUUUAUGAUACCAAUGAAAAAACAAACAACAAAAUGCCAUAUUUAAAAGUCAUCCGGCUGUUUCCUUCAAGAAUAAACCUAGCUCGGUUUGAUAAACAACAUUAACCUCUCCAACUGAUGUUUGCAUAAUGUUGUUCAAUUACAAGUCUGGCAAUGACAGGUUGUGUUCAUAUGUUUAGUAUCUUUACACGGUUGUGUUUAUAUGUUGUGUUGUGCGACAGGUUGUCUUUAUAUGUUUAGUAAUAUUUUCUUGCAGAUGCUGAUGUAAUAUUUUUGUAAUUGAAAAAUACGAAUAUGAAUGUUUGAAACCUAACGUCAAGAUGCAUAUAAUUUGGGUUUUCUCUAUACCACAACCGCGUAAUGCAACUAGGAUUGUCAUAUUGAAUUAAAUUUAUUUAACUGGAAAAAAAACCAUCAGUACAGCUUAAACGAGCUAUCUGAACUAUCUGUUUAAAAAUCUUUACGAAGCAUAUUGGUUUUCUGUUGUCUUGCAAAUAGACUAUAGUUGGUCAUUUAAAUAAAUCUGAGAAAAACAGAGUGUAGAAUUCAAAAAGACAGCUACCCAAUGCAACUUCUAAUUUUAGGAAUUUGAAAGAAGUUUUUAUCAUUAAACAUGUAUAAGAAAAUCACUACGGUUGCAGUUCAAAUGCCAUCUACUCGUCACGACAACCAAAAGGAAACGAGCAACGGGGUAGCAAGCUUCUGAUUAGUAGAAUGUUAACACAACUUUUGUUGAAGAGAUAUUUUAAUUAUUAUAUAACAAUCUUUCGCAAUAUUCUACCUGUCGAUUAAGACAUCGGUGUUUGAAAUCUGUUCAGGGGUAGUAACACAAUAAGCACUUUAAAACGAUGACAAAACAUCUGUUGCAGCUAUAUAAAGCGAGCUCGUGAUUGGUUGAAAGCUGCGAAACUGAACUAGAAGAAGUGGAUUUCAACUGAACUUUUUACUAAUUUAUGUUCAUCGUACAAUAUACAAUGAUAUGCCAAUUAUUGUAUCACAUGCUUUGGCAACCGUCGUCGUUCGAUCAAGGUCAAAAUCCGUUCAGUUGUAAUCACAUAUUGGAUGCAACAUCCAAUAUCGUGAUAUACUGUUGCGUACAGAAUUAUUUUAUCCCCGGUCGCACAGCGUAGUGUGCGAACACGCACCACUGUACGUCGACAGCAGCUACAUUGUUUCCACUUGGCUUGACUGCACACAAAUGGCAAUCGAGUGCUACUGCACUGACGACGAGCGACCGUCUUCUCAUACAUGGCUCGGUGCAGUACUGUUGCCUGUGUAUGAACUUUCCGAAAGAGCUUUACUUUCAAGACAUCAAAAUAGUCUAGGUUCAUAGAAGCAAAUAUCAGUUGACCUGUUGGGACGGAGAGGUUCUGUCCAAUUUUUUUUGGCCACUGAAUAGAGGUUGUCAUAGCAAGCAGUUGGUGUCCACUCAUGAAGUCUGUGCCAGGAGUGCUCGCAUGUGAUUGGUACAUUGUUCGUAAAAAUACGACCUUGAAACUUUUCAUCAAUUUUCACUGUUUAACAAUUAAGUAACAAUGAUAUAUGAAGAAUCACAAAAUUGUCCAUCAUUUUAUCAAUCCAACGACAUAUUGAUUAUUGUGAUCCAUCAUGUGGUUACAUCAGUAUUACCGUUUGAAAUCUUUCAUUCCGACGUUACAUCUUGGUUUUUAGUUUCCUCAGAAUGUAUCUCGAUAUAGUGCGGUUAGACGUAGUCCUACGUCAAAAAUUAAUACAACUGUUCACGAAAAAACAUCCUGUGCAAAAUUUCAGCUCAAUUGGAUUAGAUCAGGUGGCGCAACGCAAUUGAAGUUUAGCCUUCAAAAAUCCGAAAAAUCUCCUGAAGGAUUUUGUUUCAGAUGAAACUAAAUCUCGACGUUUCAUGCAUUUUCAAGCCAUCUGGCACCGAAUUUUUAUAUACGUCCCCCUCUUGGGUGAUUUUUCAAUCGCUUUGCGCCCCCUCAUUUAAUCCAAUUGAGCUGAAAUUUUGCUGCUCUUGAGUUAUUAGGAAUUCUUAAAGGUGAAGACGAUAAUUCCGCCGAGGAUUUAAGUGGUCUCGUGAAGCUGCUUUGGGACAGUUUCUAUCAACGCUUUAGCAAUUAUAUACUUUACUAAGGCAGCAAUGAGUAACUGAUUCCGAAUCUCGGCUCGACGAGAGUGUUUGUUAUUAAUGAACUCUGGAACCGGAUGUGGGAAUGUCAUCCGAGAUUUAGAAUAUCCUUGGUUCAGACCGGAACCGGCUGUAAUUCUUUUAGUUGUUCUUGAUUACAGAAAGACUUCUGGACAAGUCUUUCAGAAUGGUACUAGACGCCAAAAUAUUUUUUAUAAAGCUGCAAAAUCGACUGUAAAUUUCUUCGAGUAACUUUUAUCAUUAUCUUAUUUCAUGGUUGAUGCAUUGACACAAUUAUACCAGAUAGCGUUAAAUCGAUUCAAUGGGUACUUUAUAUGAUGAGCAAUUCCACGUUAAACUUCAUUGAACAUUAUUUCAAGGAAGGAUUAUAUGCUAAUAAAAACCUAGUACUGUUAUGCUAAUAAUCAGGAUGUAAUACAUCCAGAGAAUGAAAAAAGUCAAGGUUGUGUGGAACAAACCUGACUUUUUGUUGGCCAUUCUUGAAGUGCAUACUAAUGUGAAUUAAUUCCCGCAAAAAAAAAAAAAAGAAAACACCUAAAUUUUACAUAGGACUGUUAUGCAAAUAGCGGCAGUGAUAUUUUCAGAAGAAAAAAACUCAGCUGUCUUCACCGCUUUAUAUUUCAAUAGUUCAUAUCGUCCUCCUUUUCCAUCUCUGUUAUACUGUUGGUUCUACAUUUUUACAUUCAUUUCCAUGUUUAAUUUCGACCUCAUAUGCCGUAUUUCUCAGUUCGAAAGUAUGCUUUACAUCUAUAUACUGCGCAUUACUCACUGGCUCAUAUUGUUUGUCGUACCACUAUCUGCAUUCCUAGAUGGCUCUUACAAUACAAAAUUGUCACGUAAAUUACCUUGCUAAACUGUUUUCCCAAGCCAUCUCCGCUACAGCUGCUUAGCUUAGCUAAUCGAUAUUUUCCAGUAUUCCAUUACUCGUACGUAGCUGCUCUUAUCGCAUGAUAAAAUAUAUAUGUAUAUAUAUAUAUUUUUUUUAAUACCAUACACACACGGACAAUGUUACAGUGAUUUUUGUUUCUGCUGCUCGAGUAUUUUCCACCUUUAGAAAGAUUUCAUUUUCUAUAUUUUUGUAUGUAGUAAAUUCUGCAAUAAUUUUUCUUGUACGAAUACUUUUUCAUCUUGUGUUAUAUUGUAGUUACGAUAUUUUAUUUGUUAUAAUAAUUCGACUUUUCAUAUUCAACUCUUAAUAAAAUAUGUACAAUAAAAUGAAAAAGUUCGAACCAAAAUAUACGUGUGUUUUAUGCUAGAACGGAUCUUGGAUUGGUUUUGGUUGACGAUAAAAUUUUUAACUAGAGAUAUACGUUACGUUGAUUCCGUGGUUUUAGAAAGGAGAUCUAUUUUUCACUAUUUUAGCUAUAAUUGGUUAAGGUAUUUCUCUUUAUUUGCAUAGAUUUUUUCCGUAUAUAGGUUGUCAAUAUACAUGUAUAGAGUAUUUGUUGUCGUAAUAUGUUUCUUGUAAAACUGUUGUCAUAUCGAUUUGUUUUAUUUGGUUCACUUACCUAUCUCACGAGGGAGGGGACAAUAUAUAUAUCAGAAGCACCGGGAUUAAUCUCUAGUUCCUGUUCAGAUUGGGAAAAGAUGUGUUUGGUUCCUAAAGUGUUUGACAUGUGUGUUGAAUGACUAUUGACACUUGAUUGCAGCAGUUAUAUUAUGAGCGGAAAACUACCAAACAUCUGUAGUAUGAAAAAUGAACAUCUAAGACUUGUUGCUUUUUGUAAAAGUGAUUCAAUUUUUCAGUCAGCAAUGAAAAUGAAAUACGAAAUCAAAAAUAAGUUUUAUUCUAAAACGUAUAGGAAGCCGAAAACUAUACUGCUGCAAUCAGUUCUACGACUCUUGAAAUUUGUUUCAUAAAACCUAAGCCGAUAUGUGACCAAAAAUUCUGCAUUUGCUCUCAUUGCCAUCAUAGGAUGAUGUCGGUUUUGAUAUAAGAUCUCCGCUUGUUGUUUUAGUCUGUAUGUUGGAUAUGUGUAAUUAACGAAUUCGUAAAUUUUUAUUUUGCAUUCGGUUAGUAGUUACUUUCGGAUAACUAUUGCGCGAUAAAAUAAUUUCAAGUUAGUGCAUGGCUUCAUGAGAAGCUAAUUGUUUUUCAAGUAUGGAUAUUGUUUGUUUCCGUGAUACAUCGACGCUCUCAGGUUGUAUGGAUUAAGUUUCAGUUCAAAAUGGUUCAUUCUUCGCUUAGUUUUUGAAAGGUUCGAAUAAAAACUGUUAAUGUGAAUGUAUGAAGGUGAUUUUUGUAUUUUUGUUUUCAGUUAACUAUUGUCAUAAUAAAUUGAAGACAGUUGAAAAUGCUUUACAAAUACUUGCACCACAUUUUGUGCGUCUAUAACUUGUUUUGUAUGUGUCCAUGGUUCAUUGUGGUUUUAUGCUUUCGUUUAUGCUUCAAUAAUAUCUGACCGUUACUUAAACAAAUUGAGUAAAGUUAUACGAACAAACUUUACCCGAGAUAUGGCCAAUUCUGUGAUUUUACGUUACAUUGUUAUACACCGGCAUCUGCAAAAUGAGGAUGAAGUUUUUGUUUUCUUGGUUUACGUUUACGUUGGCAACACUGAUUUAUUUGAAUUUGUUAUUAGGAAAUAAACACGUCUAAACAGUCAUAGUUAGGCGAUAAAAGUGUGUUUUAACUG